GUGCGUGUGCGGGUGUGGAUGCGUGCGCGGUGCGGGUGCCCUUUCCUCCCUUCUUCCUCCCUUUCUUUCUUUUCUCCGUGAUCGCUCUCCCCCUCUCCCCGGUCAUCCCAUGGUGUUCAGGUCCCCGCUAGAGCUCUAUCCCACCCAUUUCUUCCUGCCCAACUUCGCCGCCGACCCGCACCACCGCUCCCUCCUUCUCGCCAGCGGCGGCAGCGGCAGCGGCUCGGGCUGCAGCCCCGGGGCCGGCGGCGGCGGCGGCGGCAGCUCCCGGGCGCCCCACGAAGAGUUGUCAAUGUUUCAGCUGCCCACGCUCAACUUCUCCCCGGAGCAAGUAGCCAGCGUCUGCGAGACGCUGGAGGAGACCGGAGACAUAGAGAGGCUGGGGAGGUUCCUCUGGUCGCUGCCGGUGGCGCCGGGGGCAUGCGAGGCCAUCAACAAGCACGAGUCCAUCCUGCGCGCCCGGGCGGUGGUGGCCUUCCACACGGGCAACUUCCGCGACCUCUACCACAUCCUGGAGAACCACAAAUUCACCAAGGAGUCGCACGGCAAGCUGCAGGCCAUGUGGCUCGAAGCGCACUACCAGGAGGCCGAGAAGCUGCGGGGCCGCCCGCUGGGGCCGGUUGAUAAAUACAGGGUAAGGAAGAAGUUUCCGCUGCCCAGGACCAUUUGGGAUGGCGAACAGAAGACGCACUGCUUCAAGGAGAGGACUCGCAGCCUCCUGAGGGAGUGGUACCUGCAGGACCCUUACCCCAAUCCGAGCAAGAAAAGGGAACUGGCUCAGGCCACGGGGCUCACCCCCACGCAAGUAGGCAACUGGUUCAAAAACCGAAGGCAAAGAGACAGAGCGGCGGCGGCUAAAAACAGGCUCCAGCACCAGGCGAUAGGACAGAGCGGCAUGCGGUCGCUGGCAGAGCCCGGCUGCCCGACGCACAGCUCGGCCGAGUCCCCGUCCACGGCGGCCAGCCCGACCACCAGCGUCUCCAGUUUGACAGAAAGAGCCGAGACGGGCACCUCCAUCCUCUCGGUAACCUCCAGCGACUCGGAAUGUGAUGUAUGAUAUCGGAAAACAAACAAACAAA